UUUCGUCUUCACUCAGAAUAAUGAAGUAGACAGAGAAAUAUUUGACUUUUUCUUAACAGAGAAACCAGAACAGCAAGCUCUCUCUCUCUCUCUCUCUCUCUCUCUCUCUCUCUCUCUCUCUCUCUCUCUCUCUCUCUCUCUCUCUCUGUCUCUCUCUCUCUCUCUUAAACUUGGGUGGGAAUUGAGAAUUCGCCUCAAUUACACGAACCCUCAUUUUCAAGUCUUUACCUUUAAAAACUAUUUUUCAUUUUUUUUGUCAUAUUCUCAUUUUCAUGCCUCACUUUUCCCAGAAAAAUUUGAUAUUUUCUCGGGAAAAUUUUCUUUCUUUCUCUCUCUCAGCUGAUCAGUUAUGGCAGCUACUUCUAACUUUGUUUUAGGUAAAGCUCUAGUAUAUUUUUUAACGUUAUUUUUAGUAGUAUUGUGUAGGGGUUCUGUGAGCUGUUAUGGUUUCGGGACUUUCGGUUUCGAUAUCCACCAUAAAUUUUCGGAUCCCGUAAGGGGAAUUCUCGGGUUCGAUGAGGUGCCACAGAAGGGGACUGUGGAUUAUUAUAAGGUUUUGGUCCAUGGAGACCAUCUAAUCAAGGGUCGACACCUCGCCUCUGAUGAUCAGACCACACCCCUCGCCUUCUACCCUGGCAACGACACAGUACAGCUUGGUGGCCCGUUUGGAUAUUUGCAUUAUGCCAAUAUAUCAGUGGGGACGCCCAGUUCAUCAUACCUUGUGGCCUUAGACACUGGAAGCGAUUUAUUCUGGUUACCAUGUGAUUGUACCAGUUGUGUGCGUGGAAUAAGGUCUGGAGAUGAGAUAACAGAGUUUAACAUCUUCAGCCCCAAUGCAUCAUCGACAAGUAAGAAAGUAUCUUGCAACAGCAGCUUGUGUGAUCUACAACGACGAUGCCCUUCCCAAACUAGCACUUGUCCUUAUCAAGUUGUGUAUCUUUCUAAUGGCACAUCAUCUACUGGGUACUUGGUAGAGGAUGUAUUACACUUGACUACUGAUGAUUCUAAAUUGAAAGGUGUUAAGGCUCCCAUUACUUUUGGUUGUGGUACAGUUCAGACUGGUUCAUUUUUAGAAGGUGCUGCUCCCAACGGUUUAAUUGGGCUUGGUAUAGAGGCUAUAUCUGUCCCCAGUCUCUUAGCAAAAGAAGGGUACACUUCAAAUUCUUUCUCCAUGUGUUUUGGACGCGAGGGCUUAGGCAGAAUCAGAUUUGGAGACAAUGGAAGCGUGGACCAAGGAGAAACACCAUUUAGUCUUAGAGAAACACAUCCAACUUACAAUGUCACUAUCACUCAAAUAAAUGUGGGAGGUACCGAUGCUAACCUUGAAUUCAGUGCAAUAUUUGACUCUGGUACCUCAUUUACAUAUCUAAAUGAUCCGGCUUAUACACAGAUCUCUGAGAGUUUUAAUAAAAUGGCAAACGAAGAUCGGCAUUCAAGUAAUUCUAGUAUCCCCUUUGAGUAUUGUUAUGUCUUAAGGCCAAACCAAACUUCCUUUGAAUAUCCCGCCCUGAAUUUCACGAUGAAAGGCGGUCAUGUUUACCCUGUGAAGGAGUCAAUUGUUGUGGCUUCUGAUAAUGGUACACUUAUCUACUGUCUGGGUGUUGUCAAAAGCGAAAAUGUUAAUAUCAUUGGACAAAACUUCAUGACUGGUUAUCGUAUAACUUUUGAUCGUGAGAAAUUGAUCUUGGGCUGGAAGGAUUCUAACUGUUUCGAUGAAGAAGAAACCUCAACGCUUCCGAUCAAGCCAUCUAGUUCUCCUGCUAUGUCCCCUGCUGGCACCCUAAGCCCAGAAGCUACAUCAGGCAGUGUCAACAAUACUAUCAAACCAGAAGCUGCGCCGCCCAGAAACCAUUCGUCGAAACUUAACUCUUUCUCAUUUAUGUUCAUUCUACUGAUUAUUUGUCAAUUCUUUGUCAUUGUUUGAUCAUUCUUUUUAUUUAGGCAGGUUUUCUCAGCCCCUGUAUAAUAUAUUCAUAUGUAUUAGUUGGUUUUUUUUUUUUUUGUAUCGAGGCAUAUUCUACAAACAAAUAGGAAGUUGGACAACAUCCUUAUUUUUUUGGGGGGUAUAUUUGUAACGUUGGUAAUAGUAUAAACAUGGGGUUGUAAAUAUACAUUGAACAUGAGCAGAAAAAGUAACAUCUUUAUAUUGAUUCUAGUUGAGUUAUUGAA